AUGUUUAAAAAGAGGGAUUUAUCUUCUUUGAAGAAUCGCAAAUCAGAAGAAUUGGAAGAUAAUGAGGAAACAGAACACAAAUUAAACGCAUCGGGAAAUGUUAAAUUGUUCAAAAAAAGAACAAUUUCGAAGAUUUGUGUAACGAGUAAUCAAACAAACCCUAAUGGAAAGAAGGAUUUUAUACCAUCAGACUCAAAUAUAGUUGAUUUACUGUCGAAUGAUGAGCCAAUUAACAGAGCCACGUCAACAUACGAAAUAGAUACUGAUAGGUCCAUGGACCACAGAAGCAUACUGGAAAGGAACCUGGAAAUAGGUAAUAAAAUACUUGCUGGAGAACUUGAACCUAAUAUAUAUCGAGGUAAAGGGGCCUACAAGCCAGUGAUGAACGUUAAAAAGGAUAGUAUAGCGGCAUCAAAAUACACUGGACUAUAUGGACCAGUGAGAGCAUCAGCAACAAACGUGAGAACAACUCUUCGUAUCGACUAUCAACCAGAUAUUUGCAAAGAUUAUAAAGAAACAGGUUAUUGCGGAUUUGGCGAUACCUGUAAGUUUCUACAUGAUAGAAGUGAUUAUAAAUCUGGCUGGCAACUAGAGAAGGAAUGGGAGGAAGAACAGGCGAAAAAAAGAUUAAAAAUGCAGAAAAAACUAGAUAGGUGGCAUAAGAAAAUGCAGUCGAAUUCAAAAGGUGAUAACGAUGAGGAGGAGGAUGACUCGGAAGAUUUAGAAGAUUCUGAUUCAUCGUGCUCAGAUUCAGAUGACUCAGAAUCCUCAGAAAGUUGCUGUGAAGAAGUGGAUGAAAAGGUGAAAAAACUAUUCAAAUUCAAAGCUAAAGGCCUAAAGAUACCGUUCUGUUGCUUGUCAUGCAAAAAACUAUGGAAAACUGAUAUGAACCCAGUAGUAACAUCAUGUGGGCAUUAUUUCUGUGAGAGGUGCAUAAUUGAGGCCUAUUCUACAGAUAUGAAGUGCCCAAAAUGUAAAGUAGUUCAAGAUGGGAUCAUGAAUAAAGCCAGCGCCGUUGAAAAAUUGUUAGAAUCAAUGAAUACCAGUGAAGCAUAAUUAUUUAUUGUAUAAUAUUUGGAAUAAACACACAUGAGCCAAAUAUAAAAUUAU